AUGCCGGGGAUGCUGGGGGGCCCCGGGAUCCCCCCGCACGUUGUUGCAGCAACGCAAGUUUCCUACGAAGCCCAGCUAGCGAAGCAGCUAGCUGAAAAGGCAGCCAGCCUCAUGCGGCAGCAGCAGCCACAGGCAGUGCAGGACGGCGCGAACCAGGCGCAAGACGGCGACGAUGAAGGAGGCCUCGAUGAUGAUGACAUUGGAUACAUUCACGAUCCUUCCCGCAAACAGGCACUUAUGCAAAAACUGAUGGACAGAUCCACUGCGGCGCUCGCGUCCACCGGCGGCGCGCGCACCUCUGCCUCCACCGCCAGCGACUCCCAGCAGCAGUCGCAGCAGCAGCAGCAUGUGCAGGCCUCUCCGUCAACAGACAAGCAACAGUUCUUGCGCAGUUCAAGCGGACCUCGAGUGGGGGGGCUGGCGCCGGGAGUCAUGACUUCGAAUCUUGUGCUGAGGGGAAUGUUCAACCCAAGUGCUGCCGACGACGAAUAUUACUUCGAAGAUAUCCGGGAUGACGUGAGAGAGGAAUGCGGGAAGCACGGAUCGGUCGUGCAGGUUUCUCUCAGCGAGAAGGAUGAGGAGGGAAGGGUCUUUGUUAAAUUCACAGCUCCUUCAGUGGCUCUGGCCGCCCAGAACGCACUCAACGGCAGAUUCUUCGGGGGCCGCCAAAUACACGCGGAGUUCGCGACGGACGCCAUGAUCAAUGCUGUGUGCGGCAACAGCAGCACAAAUACUGGCAACAGCAGCAGCGGCAGCUCCUCGUGA